GCCCGUGGACCGCACACCGAGACCGAGAGGCAGUCGGCCGGCGGCGAUCGCAGGCCGCACCGCCGCACCGCAGCAUGGUCCAAAUUCAGAAAAACCUCCAGAAUCUAGGCCGUCGGUUCCUGCCCGCAGCAUGGAACGCGACGUGGGUUUCCAUCGGUCUCGUGUGCGGGGUCCUCGUGGCCUGCAUCCUCCUCAUGGCGGCCGGCAUCGCGGCGGCGGUGAUCGCGGACCGCCUGACCCCCAUCACGUACAGCACGCAGGUCAGGGUGGCUGACGGCGAGGUGCGGGGCCGAGAGCGGAUCACUCCGGACGGCUCGGUGUUCCUCAGCUUCCAGGGCAUCCCCUACGCCAAGCCCCCCCUCGAGGAGCUGCGCUUCAAGGCGCCUCGGCCGGUGGAGCCUUGGGACGGCGUGCUGGACGCCCUCUCCGAGGGCAACAUUUGUCCUCAGCCCCACAAAGUGUCGAAAACCUCUCCGAUCAAGUCGAUGGGCAGCAUGCUGAAGAUGGUCUUGUCGAUGCCGGGCAUGGCCAAAUUCAUGUUCAACUACAUCGCCCGCAUCAGCGAGGACUGCUUGUACCUCAACGUCUACACUCCCAAGCCGAAGGCUUCGCAGUCGGAGCAGCCCGCCGAGAGGCUCAAGCCGGUCGUGUUCUUCGUCCACGGCGGCGGCUUCAUCGCGGGCAACGGCGACACGAGCCUCUACGGGCCGGACUACCUCAUGCAGCUCGACGUGGUGGUGGUCACCUUCAACUACCGCCUGGGCGCUAUCGGCUUCCUCGCGACCGGCACGCCCGACGCGCCCGGCAACGCGGGCCUCAAGGACCAGGCGGCGGCGCUGCGGUGGGUGAGGCGCAACAUCCGCGCGUUCGGCGGCGACCCGGACAAGGUGACGCUGUACGGCGAGUCGGCGGGCAGCGCGUCCGUGGCGCUGCACCUCAUGUCGCCGAUGUCCAGCGGUCUGUUCCACCGAGCCAUCAUGUCGAGCAGCACCGCGCAGAACCAGUACGUGAUGACGGCCGACUACGAGCGCUUCUCCCGCAGCCUGGCCCUGGAGUGCGGCGCCGACAACGCCACGGCCGACGACCCGCGGACGCGCGUCGAGUUCCUGCGCGAGCAGUCGCACACGCACAUCAACGACCGGCUGACCGAGGUCCUGGGGGAGGAGGACGUGCGCAGCAUCAUGGGGCGCGUCCCCUUCUCGCCCGUCGUGGAGAAGGAGUUCCCGGGAGAGGAGGCGUUUCUCCUCGAGCACCCCGACGUCUUGAUGCGCGAGGGCCGCUACGCACCAGUGCCCGUCAUCAUCGGCUCCAACAGCAAGGAGGGCUCCAUCUUCUACACAGGCGUCACCAGGCCGCCCACCGAGGAGGGGUUCCGGAUGAUCGACGAGGACAUGACGUGCACCGUCCCGGACCCGCUGUACCAGCGCCUGGACCCCGAGCAGAGCCAGGAGCUGGCCGGCAAGGUCCGGCAGCUGUACUUCGACGGCGGCCACGUGGACGAGGACUCCGCCGGGGCGCUCAUCGACCUAUUCGGUGACUUGCAACUCUUGCACGGAAUCCACGUGUCCUCCAAGUGGUUCACCCACUUCUCCCAACCCGCGAGCCCCGUGUACCUGUACCACUUCACGUUCUCCGCCAAGAGCGGACUGUCCUUCUUCUUCUCGAGUAAAAAUCUGAAAGUGCAGGACGCUCUUGACGCAGGCGCCGGCCACGGGGAGGAGCUGAGCUACGUCUUCCGGCACCACCUCUUCAAGGGCCACUCGGCCCUCAAGCAGACGUCCCGCGAGCAGCGGGUGCGCGACAAGAUGACCAAGCUCUUCACCAACUUCAUCAAGACCGGGAACCCCACCCCCAGCAACGCGAGCCUCUCCCGCCUCCCGGUCGCCUCGGACGUCCAGGACGUGGGCGUGGCGUGGCCGCCGUCGCGGCCGGGCCGUGAGGUGUACCUGGAGAUCGGCGAGGAGCUCGCCGUCAAGCGGCACCUGCUCGCGGAGCGCAUGGCCUUCUGGGACCGCACGUUCAAGAACGUCACGCAGUCACCCCUGUACGACUUCGUCGAAUGAGCGGUCGCGUCGCAAGCUCGAUGCCAAAUAAAGAUCAAGCCCACA